GUCCAGAGACCCUUCCUAUUAUUGCCUAUUUCGUGCAUAUUUCGUGCAUACUAGGUUACAAGACUCAUGCCUACUCACUUUUGCUUUGGAUGCGCUACCUAGGAUUGUACAAUACAUACUUACCAUACCUACUGACCGAAGCCCAUUGUAAUUUGCUCUUUCAUCCGUUGUUUUCUAUAUUCGCCGGUGACUCUGGUUCAAAUUGAUUAUGUAAAUGCCGAACACUUAAGCCGCCAUUGUUCAAUGUACAUACCUACCUACCUACAUAGGUCCUACAUACAUACAUACCUAGUAUCCCGUCUCUUAUAACUCCGUUUGCCGUUUGCCGUUUGCCGACUUAUAAUCGCCAUACAUAUCCCUCGCCUCCCUGCGCGCACCUCUCCUCACUUUUCUCCGGCAUAUCAUACAUAGUAAACUACCUGAGACUCAAGUUUCAGUUUCAGAGUUUGUGUAAUAACUUGGAUAAACUUGAAGUUAAUGAGUGAGACUUUGAGACUUACAUACACUGAACACUGAAUAUACUUACCCCUACCUACCUAAGUACCCAAGGUCCUCAAGUACCUACAGUACAUACCGUCGCCCUCGCUUUACCUGCCACUCGAUUUCCUAAUUGAGCUUUAACUUUUGGCCAUACUAUGGCCCUAGAACCCGAAGACAAAGAAAACAAGCCGGCAGAUCCGCUCACAGAAGUCAACACCACUUCCAAUUCUGAGCCAGCAAGUCCCAUCUCAGGAAAUGGCGACUCAGAAAAGGAGAUUCAGAAAGACGAUGACCCUGAAAGAGAGCGAGUCGGCCGCGAAGAGCUGAAGCAUACUCAGAGCUAUGCUACCGACACAAGCGCCGCCACCCGCACUACCUCAAGGGCGACCUUGCCCGUACCUAAGCCAUGGUACAAAACCCCCAAUCCACUAAGAUGGGGGUCGAUACCGCCCGUUCCUAAAGAGCGGCAAGUCUCGAGGGAGUACACUGCUGGUUUCUUUAGCAAAUUGACUUUCCAGUGGAUGGCCCCCUUAAUGAAUGUUGGUUAUAAGCGGCCCCUAGAGCAGGAUGAUAUCUGGAAGGUAAAUCCCGAUAGGACUGCCGAGAAGAUGACUGCCAAAGUAAAGGAGUCAUUUGAGAGACGAAUGAAAAAUGGUGAUAAGUACCCGCUCCUUUGGGCAAUUCACGAAUCGUUCUGCUGGGAGUUCUGGAUCGGCGGAUUCUGUCAACUGAUCGCAUCCAUCCUCCAAGUCAUGUCCCCCUUUACUUUGCGAUAUCUCAUCACUUUCGCGCAAGAAGCCUGGGACGCGUCCCAGAACGGAACGCCCCCACCGCAAAUCGGUGGAGGGAUUGGUCUCGUCAUUGGCGUCACUGCUAUGCAGGUUCUGCAGAGCUUGGGAGUCAACCACUUCAUUUACCGCGGUAUGAUGGUUGGAGGACAAGUACGGGCUGUCCUUAUCAGCAUAAUCUUUGAGAAAUCCAUGGUUCUCUCCGGCCGAGCAAGGGCUGGUGGUGUACAGGAGAUCACCGGUGUCUCCGCCAAAGAUGACGUGGAAGAUAAAGGAAAGGUGAACGCAGAAAAGGCAGACAAGUCUGAUAAGUCCAAAAAAGGAGGCCCAGAGGGAGCUAAGGCCGGUGUGUCAGGUGACGGGACCGGCUGGAGCAAUGGAAAGAUCGUGACCUUGAUGAGUGUCGAUACUUACCGUAUAGAUCAAGCUAGUGCCUUCUUUCACAUGAACUGGACAGCACCGAUUUCUUGCAUCAUCACUCUCGUUGUUCUUCUCAUCAACUUGACGUACAGUGCCCUUGCAGGAUUCGCACUUCUCGUCAUAGGUGUUCCGGCGUUGACUCGAGCCAUUCGACUCCUCUUCAGGCGCCGUGCUGCCAUCAACAAGAUAACGGAUCAACGUGUGAGCUUGAUGCAGGAGAUUCUCCAAUCUGUUCGUUUUGUUAAAUUCUUUGGAUGGGAGAGGGCUUUCUUGGAACGUCUCAAGGAUAUCAGAGACCGGGAGAUUCAUGCCAUUCAGGUUCUUCUGUCGAUUCGAAACGCCAUCAAUGCUGUCAGCAUGUCGCUUCCCAUCUAUGCCUCUAUGUUGUCCUUCAUAACGUACUCCCUCACUAAUCACGGCCUUCCGGCUGCACAAGUCUUUUCUUCCCUUGCGCUCUUCAACAGCUUGAGAAUGCCUCUAAACCUGCUUCCUCUCGUGAUAGGACAGACGGUCGACGCCUGGUCAUCACUGAAGCGCAUACAAGAGUAUAUGCUAUCCGAGGAGCAGAAAGAAGACGUCGUCUCUAGACCUGAGGGAAAUAAUGCUGUCGAGAUGCACGGCGCGGCUUUCACGUGGGAGAGAACGCCAACACAAGACUCCGAGAAGGACGCAAGUCCCAGCGGGAAAAAGAAGGGCAAAGAUGGAGACAUGACAAAGGGUGCGAAUCGGACUUCUAAUACAAAUAAUAACAAUAAUGGUGGCGAAGACACAGCGAGCACGCUUGUGGAGGAACGGGAGCCCUUCAAACUCCAGGACCUGGAUAUUGAAAUCGGCAGAAAUGAGCUGGUUGCUGUGAUUGGAACUGUCGGGAGUGGGAAGAGUUCCUUGCUUGCUGCCCUGGCUGGAGACAUGCGGAAGACGUCAGGAGAGGUUGUGCUGGGUGCUUCUCGCGCUUUUUGCCCACAAUACGCCUGGAUUCAGAACACAAGUGUUCGUAAUAAUAUUCUGUUUGGCAAGGAGAUGGAUCGUGAGUGGUACAAGGAAGUUGUAGAAGCAUGCGCCCUACAGCAAGAUUUAGACAUGCUUCCGAACGGGGAUGCUACUGAAAUAGGUGAACGAGGUAUCACCAUCUCAGGUGGACAGAAGCAGCGUCUCAAUAUUGCUCGAGCCAUAUACUUCGAUGCCGAUAUCGUGCUCAUGGACGACCCGCUCAGUGCAGUCGACGCUCACGUUGGCCGGCAUAUCAUGGAUAAUGCCAUUCUAGGACUCCUAAAGGACAAAUGUCGUAUUCUUGCCACACACCAAUUGUGGGUGCUCAACCGCUGCGACCGGAUCAUCUGGAUGGAUGGUGGUAAGAUUCAAGCGGUCGACACGUUUGACAACCUCAUGGCGAACUAUGCCAGCUUUAGGCAUCUGAUGGAGACAACGGCGGUGGAAGAGAAGAAGGAGGACGAUCCAGCCGCUGUCGAGGAGAAAACAGCGGAUGGCGCUAAGGAUAAAAAGAAGAAGAAGAAGAGCCAAGGGUUGAUGCAAGCAGAGGAGCGAGCAGUGGCUAGUGUACCUUGGUCUGUCUAUACCGCCUAUAUUCGAGCCUCGGGAAGUAUUUUCAACGCCGUUAUCACUGUUUCCGUUUUGUUGCUCUCCCAGGGUGCCAACAUCAUGACGAGCUUGUGGCUUUCUUACUGGACAUCGGACCAUUUCGGCCUCACUAUGGGCGUGUACAUUGGCGUGUAUGCCGCACUGGGAACGCUGCAGGCCCUCCUGAUGUUCCUCUACUCGAUACUGCUAACCAUGUUUGGUACAACUGCGAGCAAGACGCUUCUGAGACAGGCAGUGACCAAAACUCUCAGAGCGCCCAUGUCCUUCUUCGACACGACACCGCUAGGUCGUAUCACGAAUCGAUUCUCAAGGGAUGUGGAUGUGAUGGAUAACAAUUUGACCGACGCCUUGAGGAUGUACUUCCUUACGUUGUGCAUGAUCAUCUCCGUGUUCGCGUUGAUCAUUGCCUUCUUCUACUACUUCGCUAUCGCGCUGGUUCCGCUGGCAGUACUCUUCAUCCUAGCCGCAUCGUACUAUCGGGCUUCUGCCCGAGAAGUCAAGCGUUACGAAUCUGUUCUCCGAUCCGUGGUAUUCGCCAAGUUUGGCGAAGGUCUCAGCGGUGUGGCAUCGAUUCGUGCAUACGGGCUGCAACAACGAUUCAUCGACGACCUUCAACACGCCAUCAACGAGAUGAACGCAGCGUAUUACUUGACCUUUUCCAAUCAACGAUGGCUGUCGGUCCGACUUGACACCAUUGGAAAUGCGCUCGUGUUUACCACGGGAAUAUUGGUCGUGACGUCCCGAUUCAGCGUUUCACCAUCGAUCGGCGGCCUCGUGCUUUCGUAUAUCCUCUCCAUCGUACAGAUGCUGCAGUUCACAGUCAGGCAGCUAGCCGAGGUGGAGAACGGCAUGAAUGCGGUGGAACGUCUCCAGUACUACGGCACUAAGCUCGAGGAGGAGGCUCCAGAGCACACCAUCGAGGUCCGUCCCACGUGGCCCGAAAAGGGCGAGAUUGAGUUUACGGAUGUCAAGAUGCAAUAUCGUGCCAACUUGCCCCUGGUACUCCAGGGCUUGACUAUGCAUGUUCGCGGCGGCGAGCGAAUAGGUAUCGUGGGCCGUACGGGAGCGGGCAAGAGCUCUAUCAUGUCCACCCUGUUCCGCCUCGUGGAGAUCUCAGGAGGCCGCAUCGUCAUCGACGGGGUGGACAUCUCCACCGUCGGUCUCCACGACCUGCGCUCACGCCUCGCCAUCAUCCCCCAAGACCCAACACUCUUCCGCGGCACCGUCCGAGGCAACCUGGACCCCUUCAACGAGCACACGGACCUAGACCUCUGGUCGGCCCUCCGCAAAGCCGACCUCGUGCCCGCCGACGCCGCCAUCGAUGACAAGGACCCGUCGCGCAUCCACCUCGACAGCGUCGUCGAGGAAGACGGGCUCAACUUCUCCCUCGGCCAGCGGCAGCUCAUGGCGCUCGCGCGCGCCCUCGUGCGCGGGUCCCAGAUCAUCGUCUGCGACGAGGCCACCUCCUCCGUCGACAUGGAGACCGACGACAAGAUCCAGAAGACCAUGGCCACCGGCUUCCGCGGCAAGACGCUGCUGUGCAUCGCCCACCGCCUGCGCACCAUCGUCGGCUACGACCGCAUCUGCGUCAUGGAUGCGGGGCGUAUUGCUGAGCUGGGCAGCCCGAUGGAGUUGUGGGCGAGAGAGGGGGGUGGCAUAUUUAGGGGGAUGUGUGAGAGGAGUGGGAUUAGGAGGGAGGAUAUUGAGGGGGCGGUUGCGGGGUUGAAUGGUGUUGAUGAUGAGGAUGAGAAGAAUGAGGAAGAGGGUAGGGAUGGGGAAAAGGGGGACUUGGGGGCUGAGGGGAGUAGGAGGGAGAAGGAUGAUGAGGUAUAGGUAGGUAGAUGAUGUUUGGAUUAGUCAAGAUCUUGGAUAUGAUGUGUUGGAGAAGGAUGGGGGAAAUGUGUUUUGAAUAGCACAGGUAGGUAGGUACCUGGGUAUUGUAGGUAAAGACGGACGGUGUUGCGGAUUUUACGGACAUAGGUAUUGGAUAGAUGUGGGAUGUGAGAUACGGGAUACAUAGAACAUGAGGUGAGAUGAGAUGAGAUACGUGGGCAUAUGGGGGUAUGGUGAUAUGGAGGGUGCACACCUACU